AUGGAACAUAAUUCUAAAAAUCAUCUCUUCCCUCAUACUAUCAUCCUCCAAAUGAAUGCACUCAAGAACGAUAUCUCCCUGAACAUGGCAAUGGAUAUCAAUUUUCACUAUAUCGCACUCUUCCUGCAGCCACAGAGAAAACAAAAAAACAUAUCAAAAUUUAAUUAUACUACCAUUCGUAUGUCCUGCGUAUCGAAAGCAAAAGCUUUGAACUUCGACUCGACGAUUUUGAAGAAGCGUCCUGACCGUAUACUCGAACAACAGGCCGGCACCCUCUUCCACCGUCAAACAGAGGAAGGACUCUAA